AUGGAGGCUGAAGGUUCUGCUCCAGCUGGUCCCAAUGGCAGUGGUGGCGUGAGAGGCGCUGGGGAAGCGGGAAGAGGUGUUGCAGGCGGAUCUGCGCCAAUGGCUUCAGUUUCAACAUCAGCUAAGGAUGAUGUGAAGGCAUUCAACCUGGAGAAGUUCUCUGGGGAUGAUUGGGCAUCAUGGAGCUUCAGGAUGGAGCUCCUCUUCAACCAUUAUGGGCUGCUUGAAGUGAUGGAUGGAGAAUUCAAGAGGCCUACGAGCGAAGGAGCGACCAAAGAAUGGGAUCGCCGGUCCAAGGAUGGAUUCUUCCUUCUCUCCCAAUGCCUCUCAUCCAACCAGCUGCACCACAUCAAGCAUCUCAUCAAGGAAGCUGAGUGUGGUCCUAAGGCAUGGAGGAUAUUGAAGGAUGUCCAUGCCCCCAGCAGCGAAGCAAUGGUGGUGGUGCUCGAGCGACAACUCCAUGCGGUGAAGAUCAACGAGGGUGAUGCCGUACAAGGAGCGUUCGAUCAACUCCGGGACCUCUAUGUGAAGCUCUCAGCUGCUGGUGUGGACUACCCUGAGAAAAUCAAGUGCUACAAGGCUCUCUCCCUGCUGCCGGAGUCGUGGGGGCCCUUGGUGGUCAACCUUAAUGGGAUGAAGGACUCGUGGUCCCUUGAGUGGAUUCGCGCACAAGUUCUUCAAGAGGAGUUUCGGAGGAAGGAGCUGACCGCCGCUGCCGGUGAAGGUGGAGGCUCUGCCUAUGGCAUGAAGGGCUUCAAGGGGCGUGGCAGCAAGAAAGGGAAGGCCAAGGAAGGCUCUGGAGGGGAGCAGCAUUCGGGAGGGAAGCGUGGCAACAAGGGAGGCAAGCGGUGUGGCGGCAAGUGUUGGUAUUGCCAUGUGGAAGGGCACCCAUGGUUCAAGUGCCGCAAGCUACCUGACGGUUGGAGGCCUGGUCAGCCAUCAAUUGAGGGCUCCAAGGGUGUUCAUGGAGCUAUGGGAGAAGGCAUGGGCAGUGAGGAGGGCGAAGGAGGUGCUGGCGGAUACGGCGGCAUGUUCUACCAUGUAGGGGAGGCGUGCCCCGAGGACAUGGUUGUGCCGGCCAGCAAGAUUGCUCUUCACCGCUCCUCCCAUUGGGUCAUCGAUACGGGAGCCUUCAUGACCAUGACCAACCGAGAGGAUCUACUGGAUGAAGUUAGGCCAUCAAAGGCAGCCACCGUCGUUUCAGCCACCGGCCAAGUUGUACCCGUGCGUGGCGAGGGGAGAGCCAUGUUCAUGGGUGCGGAUGGGAGGCUUGUGGGGCUGAAGCGUGUUCUCCUUGUUCCUGGAUUGUGUGCCAACCUCCUCUCUACCAAGGCCCUAAGUGAGGCAGGGAUGAAGAUGGAGAUGUUGGGCACAAAGGUUUUCAAGGCAACUCUGGAUGGGCGCGUAUUGUGGGACCUCCGAGGCGGCAAGGACAUGCACCGGUCCAUGUGGGAGAUACCGGUGCUGCCAUGGAAGGAGGCGGCUGCGCGCUUGGCUGCUGGAGAUGUGAGAGGAGGGCGUGUUAACCACGUGGACAAUGGAGGGGGUGGUGAUGACAGUGAUGGUGGGCUCCUUGGGCAUGGAGGGGCUGCGCUUCCAAGUGUAACUCCUAGCACGGGUGAGACGGAUUGGCUCACCGCACACCGUCGCUUUGGCCACGUGGCGCUACCUCAGUUGCAGCAGCUGUUUAAGGAGGAAAGAGUCAAGGGGCUGAGGAUAAAGGGGGAGCCCAAGGAGGUGGGAUCUUGUGAGACUUGCUUGACCAGCAAGUUUUCACGGUUUCCCUUCCAUUCGGUGGAGGGGGAGUCGAGUGACCCGGUGGAGCUCGUGCAUGUGGAUCUCGUGGGACCCAUGAAGGUGAAGGGAGAUGGUGGGGCCCUGUAUUCUAUGACCAUGGUGGAUGACAACACAAGGCUCACCUGGUCCUUUCCACUUGCAAAGAAGAGUGAUGCUGCAAGGGUCAUCAUUGAAGAGUGGCUGCCCAUGGUGGAGCGAGAGAGCGGCAAGCGGGUGAAGGCGAUACGUAGUGACCGUGGUGGGGAGUUCUUGGGAGCGGAGUUCCGGAGCUGGCUGAAGCGGCAUGGCAUCAAGCAGCAGCUCACCACGGCCUACACCCCUCAAUCCAAUGGCGUGGCAGAGAGAGCGAACCGGACCAUCUUGGAGGGCGGGAGAACGAUGUUGGUAGACUCGGGUCUACCCUUACGGUUCUGGCCCCUCGCUAUUCGCCAUGCCACCGUCAUCAAGAACCGAGUAUUGACUCAUGUGGGAGGGCAGCAUUGGAUCCCUAUGGAGAAAUGGAGGGGCAAGAAGCCUCUGGUGGAUAUGCUUCGAGUCUUUGGGUGCAUGGGACUCGUGCACGUCCCUAAGGAAAAGCGUGACAAGCUUCAAGCGGCGGCGGUGUGGGCUGUUCAUUUGGGACUUGCACAAGGGAGCAAGGGAUGGCUCAUGUGGGACCCAAUAGCCAACACCAUCUUCACCACCAGAGAUGCCAAGUUCAUGGAGGGGCUCAUGUUCAAGGAGUGGUUGGAGCGAGGGAGGAGCAAGGUCACCAUUCCGCUCGGAAUAGAGGUGGGAACGAAUGACCCACUCUUCAUUCCCAUCGAGUUGUCUUCGUCUUCAGAGGUAACGGAGGUGUCACAUGACUUGGGAGGUGCUGAAGGGGAGGCAGCAGAGGUGGAGGGAGUGUUGCAGCAACAGAAGGCCCCUGUAGCUGAGAGAGGUGAUGCCGAGGAGGAGGUGCAGCAGCCUACACCAUCCCCUACUCUUCCACCAAGGCGGACAACCCAAGGGAAGCGUGGUGCUGUCCGUGGUGGAGCUAAGGAGAGUGCAGCCAAGGAGAGGCCCAAAAGAGCUGCUCACCCAAGGGAUUUCCUCAAGUAUGAAAGGCUUGGGGGUCCCAAGGCAUUGCUGGUCCAGGAGGAGGACGAUGAUGAGGAGAAGGGAGCCGAGGGAGAGAUGGAGCAGAUUUGUUGCUUCGGUGUCAACUUACCUCAUGAACCGGCUUCGAUGGAGGAAGCACUUGCUGGAGAUGAUCGAGACGCUUGGUUGGCUUCAAGGGAGGAUGAGUUUAAGAGCCUCAUGGAGAAUGGAACGUGGACCCUCACCAAUCUGCCCCCGGGAAGAAAGGCAUUGGAUUGCACGUGGAUAUUACGUGUGAAGACCGAUGCGGAGGGGAAGUUGGAGAGGCGCAAAACAAGACUUGUGAUCAAGGGUUUCCAGCAGAGGGAGGGGGUUGACUUUAAGGAGGUGUUUGCUCCUGUUGCCAAGGCUCCUACGCUCCGGGUGUUGCUGGCAGCAGCUGCCGUUUGUGGUUGGAAGGUGGAGCAAAUGGAUGUGAAGACGGCUUUCCUCUAUGGCGUGGUAGAUGAGGAGAUUUACAUGAAGCAGCCAGAGGGGUACGACGAUGGGAGCGGACGUCGGGUGCGACGAGAGUCUCUUCAUAACCGAGGGGGAUGA